UGAAUGGACGGAACCGCAUGCUCACUAUGCUUGUCGACGCCGUUCGUUAUCUAGACAUCACCGUUUGGGUUGGGUUGAGGAGGGGGGCGGUUUAUUUCGUGUGGUAGAGGAUGAGAGGUCGCAGAGCCAGUCGGAAGAUAUAGAGAACGGACGGCGUCCGGGAGGAUGAGGAAUUCGGACAAACACCUUCGGUUAAGUACGGCCGCGGACAUUGAAUUUGGCUCGAACGAGAUUCUGACAGGAACGGUCUUUUCCUGCCUCUCAGCAGAGGGAAAGUAUAGUAUUUACCGCAACCGGGUAGCAAGGCAAACGCGGACGGGAUCAGACCACCACCUCCACCACCACCACCACCAACCACCACAACCAGAACCGCAACCACGACCACAAAUUAGAGUAACUGGUGCCCCCUAUGUACACCAGUCGUCCCAGCCAUUGGACGAACCAGCCUCAGCCCGCGGGGGACAAACGGGAGCUGCAAUCUCGGCUUCGUACGUGGCAUCCAUAGUGACAGCUACCGUUUGGGAAUUUUAUGGCCGCUUUUGCAACAGGCAUCCCUGGCCCUGUGUCAGGGACGGCUGGUGCUCUCGACCAACCACCGAUUAUCGACGACAACCUCCCAGUGUGCCGUCUAUGGCGGUUCCGCGAGCUGCUGCUGCUGCAUUGUCUGAUACAUACGCUUGUUGGUGGCCACGCACGAGACGCGUGCGAAUCAUGGCUGGAUCAUCGUCGGCCGUCAAUGCGGCGCGCGGCACGGCUGAGCAGAAGCGUGGUGUCGUUCGUCAUUCAUCCUCCGUCCGUUCGUCGUUCGUCGACGCUGCGAAAGGACAGCAGAGCGCUCGAUUCCUCACACGGCCGAAUUGCCUUGGGAAAUGCGCAAAGGCUGAUACCGCAUACUUCGAGCAAGCACGAUACCUACCUAUAUCCGUCAAUGCAAUGCGAUCCGAUGCGGUGCGAUGCGAGGUGAUGCGAUGCGAUUCGAUGCGCUUGCGUUCGCGUUCGCCACCUCUUGCUGAGAAGUUCAUCCCAUCCGCGUCUAAAUCACGAUGCUCAGGUUUUUCCGUUUCCAGCAGGAUCAACGCAGCAUAGCUAUGGGGGACCCUGUGCGAUACUCCGGGACCUGCAGACUCGCCGCUAACGCCAUUUACCGGGCGCUCUGUGGGUCCUGUCCUGUCCUGUCCUGCCGGUCACAAUUCCAUCGGAUCGAACGGACGUCCGGAAUGGAAGACGUCUUGCGGGAAAUAUGUACCAAGUACAUACAACCCCCGGAUCGAACCGACGUCCGGAAUGGAGACGUCCUGCGCGAAAUAUGUACCGAGUACAU